UGCAUCCACGAGCGGGACUUCACGCCGGGCCGUUGGAUCAUCGAUAACAUCGUGGAGAACAUCGAGAGGAGCGCCAAGGUCAUCUUCGUCCUCUCCCGCAGCUUCGUCGACAGCGAGUGGUGCAACUACGAGCUCUACUUCGCCCACCAGCGCGCCGUGGGGCUGGGCAGCGAGGACGUCAUCUUGGUGGUGAAGGAACCCAUCGAUGCUCGGGGUUUGCCCCGGCGUUUCGCCCGACUCCGGAAGAUGUUGGGUACCAAAACCUACCUG